CGUCAUCGCAGUGUCUUCAGGUUAUGGCGGUGCUCAACUGCUCAAACUUUCUCUGAUGUGUGAGCACUGGAGCAGUGUGUAAUGGAGCCAUUUCAUGGGAUGUGGAGAAAUAUCAGCAAUGGUCUUGGAAUAAAGGACUCGGUGUUUGAGAGCUCAUGUGUUUCUCCCACAAUGAUCCAGGGAUUGCAGUGUCAGCGGCGCUGCUCACAAACCAGCCACACCAUACGAGUCUAUCUGCCCAACCAGCAGAGGACGGUGGUGAAUGUGCGUCCAGGCCUGUCUCUACACAGCUGUCUGAUCAAAGCUCUGAAGGUUCGAGGGCUGCGACCCGAGUGUUGUGCUGUCUUCAGUCUCUAUCCAGGACAGAGGAGCAAGAAGUCUCGUAUGGACUGGAACACAGAUUCUACAUCACUCACUGGGGAGGAACUGAUAGUGGAGGUUUUAGACCACGUUCCCCUAACUACUCAUAAUUUUGUCAGGAAAACAUUUCUCACAUUGGCUUUCUGCGAUAUAUGCCAGAAGUUCCUGUUAAAUGCUUUCCGCUGCCAAAGGUGUGGCUACAAGUUCCAUGAGCACUGCAGCACAAAAGUUCCCACAAUGUGUGUCGACUGGAGCAACAUCCGCCAGCGUCUAUUGUUUCCGAUUCCUGGUGAAAGUGGAACUCCAGCCCUCCCUCCAUUGCCGUCACGGAAAAUGAGGGAAUCGCUGAGCAGAAUUCCCAGCAGUGCAUACCCCCCCAGCGGAGCGGCUCUGACCCAGAGACUGCGCUCCACCUCCACACCAAACAUCGUCAGCAGCACCACAAUGACUGUCGACAGCAGCCAGUUUGAGCACUUAGAAACGUCUCCUAACUCCUGGUGUCAGCAGCACUUCUGUCUGAAGAGAAGAGACGCCAUACGUGGUCACGGCUCUGCGAGCAGUUCCCCGAAUCAAAGCCCGACCGGCUGGAACCAGAACAAUACAUCCACGCCAGCCCAGAGAGUCAAAAUACGGCCCAGGGAUAAAAGAGACUCAAGUUAUUACUGGGAGAUUGAAGCUAAUGAGGUCAUACUGCAGUGCAGGAUCGGCUCAGGCUCAUUUGGGACCGUAUUCAAAGGGAAGUGGCAUGGUGAUGUAGCUGUGAAGAUAUUAAAAGUCACCAACCCGACGCCGGAACAGUUUCAGGCCUUCCGCAACGAGGUGGCAGUUCUUAGGAAAACCCGACAUGUCAACAUCCUGUUAUUCAUGGGCUACAUGACGAAAGACAAUCUGGCCAUUGUGACGCAGUGGUGUGAAGGCAGCAGUCUCUACAAACACCUUCAUGUACAGGAGACAAACUUCCAGAUGAUUCAACUGAUAGAUAUCGCUAGACAGACAGCUCAGGGCAUGGACUAUCUACAUGCAAAGAAUAUCAUCCACAGGGAUAUGAAAUCAAACAACAUCUUCUUACAUGAAGGAUUGACGGUGAAGAUUGGAGAUUUUGGACUGGCCACAGUGAAGGCAAGGUGGAGCGGAUCUCAACAGGUGGAGCAGCCCUCAGGAUCAAUUCUCUGGAUGGCUCCUGAGGUGAUUCGAAUGCAGGACAACAAUCCGUACAGUUUCCAAUCCGAUGUUUAUUCAUAUGGCAUUGUGCUGUUUGAAUUGAUGACCGGAGAGCUGCCCUACUCGCAGAUCGCCAACGGAGAUCAGAUCAUUUUCAUGGUAGGUCGGGGGUAUCUGUCUCCUGAUCUCAGUAAGCUGUAUAAGAGCUGUCCAAAAGCCAUGAAGAGACUGGUGGCCGACUGCAUCAACAAGACCAAAGACGAGAGGCCCCUUUUCCCACAGAUUCUGUCCUCUAUAGAGCUUCUGCAGCACUCACUGCCCAAAAUCAACCGUAGCGCCUCCGAGCCGUCACUGCACCGAGCGUCACACAGCGAGGACAUCAACUCUUGCACGUUCACGUCCAUGAAGCUGCCUUUCUUCUAGUGUUGCUACAAUACCAUUGAUACAGAGCUGGCGGCUAAUAAGCCAUCAGAGCCAAACUACACGAGAAGAGCCGCACAGCAGAAGAUGAACUUGUGAAUUAUUAUCAGCAAGAGUUUCGUCCAUCCUUGAUGAUAUUCUCACACAGAAAUCAAUCUGUUUUCCUUGCACAGACUGAGCGGAUGUGCUUGUCUAAUGCACUUUGACAAUGAGUUUAUAGGAAUCAUUUGCUACAAAAAAGAAAUGGGGCCUUGAAUGCAUGAGGCACAAUGCAAUUUUUUGUCAUAAACAAAAUAAAAGAACUUGAUGAAAAAGUCAGUAUUCAGCCGCCAUUGAACGCUGUUCAUUAGUAAUAUGGGGCUUGGGUUUAAAUUUAAGAUCUAUUUUGUGAUGUUAGCUGUUUCUUUAAAGGAUUUAUUGAAGACUCAGAGCACAAUGUUAAUCAAUAAUUUGAAUAAAAUUAAGUUAAAUACA